AUGGGAGCGUUCCGGCUGCUGCUGAGGAGUUUGCUUUACAUGCUGGGACUCUCCAUCCAACUUAGUGUCGCCACCAGGCCGGCUGGACACGGGGGGGUGGAGAACCACAUCUCCGGGAACGCCAUGUUCACAGACGUGCCUCAUGACAUGACAGCCCAGAGAGGGCAGGAUGUGGAGAUGGCCUGCUCCUUCCGAGGGGCAGGGAUGCCCUCGUAUUCACUGGAGAUCCAGUGGUGGUACAUCAGGAACCACCUGGACUGGACAGACAGUCAACCCUGGACAACCAAUGAAGUGGCUCCAGAGGAGGAUAUGCCAAAGGAUGCUACAAAGAUAAGUGUUGUGAAGGUCGUAGGAAGCAACAUCUCCCACAAACUCCGCCUCUCCCGAGUCAAGCUGACCGACGAGGGCACCUACGAAUGCCGGGUCAUCGACUUCAGCGAUGACGCCGGGGCCCGCCACCACCGUGUCAGGGCCUACCUGCAGGUGGUGCCGCCUGGUGACAUCAUCGACAGCACGCACAACAACAACAACAACUUCGAGGCCGGGGACGAAACCAAGAGAGCAGUGGCGUUCGUUGACGGUGAAAACCUGGAUUCUCACGGCAGUGGAGGGAGAGAGCAUGCUCAUGGCCACCACCAUAAUCACGGGCCCCACCAGAAGCACGCCAAGCAGCCUUCGUCAUCGCCGGCUCACCAAGGCCACGGCGGCAACAGUCAGCAGCACAAGGCGGGCAAGGAGCUAAAGAAGAGGGACGUGGACAGUAACCACAGCCACAAUGACUGCACCAACGAGCCAAGCUGUGCGCUGUAG